AUGGUUACAUGGCGUGUAACAAACUCAACAACAAAUCCUCUUCGUGUUGAAGUGUAUCAACGUCAUGCAUGGAAUUAUGUCACGUAUCCAUGUACUAAUGCGCUUAUUACAGCUGGUAAUUAUAUGAUUGGUUCAGGAUCGUUAGCAUGUAUGUCAUCUUGUCCACCAAAUGUGAGUACAUUAAGUUCAGUAGCUGUUCCAUGUACUGCAUACAAUCAAAUUGAACAAUAUGUUAGUGGUGAAGGACGAUUUACUUUUAAAGUAGCACCAAAUUAUCGAUUUCGAGCAAUAUUUACUAGUAGUGCUUGGUUUGCUUUGGUAACUGGUGGAGGAGUAUGGUCUAUAGCUGUUGAAAUUAAUACUUAUUUGAGAUCAAAUGGACAAUAUAAUCAAGCGCCUAUUGUUACUAUGUUACCUGUUAUUCGACUUCGUCGUAAUCGUACAUAUUAUAUUAAAAUAAAUGUGGCCGAUAAUGAUUUUGAUCGAUAUACAUGUAUUUGGUCAAAUUCCAGUGAUGAAUGUGGUGGUAUAUGUCGAUCUCUACUUAGUUUACCUACUUCAACAUAUCUUAAUGAAACAAGUUGUAUUCUUCGUUUUACACCUGCUACUAUUGGUUUUUAUGCAGUAGCAUUUACUGUACUUGAUUUUGAAACGGAUGCAAGUACGGUACCACUUUCACGUGUACCAAUUCAAUUUGUUUUUCAUGUUUGGGAUUCAAAUAUAACAUGUAAUCUACCUCCAUUAUAUAUUGGUGAUGCACCUGCUGAUCAAUGUAUUUUUGUUGAACCUGGUCAAGUACUUACAAUGAUUAUUCGAAUUCGAAUUCAAUGUCCAAAUGCUACAUUAGCUAAUGUAAUUGGUGUUUAUCCAAGUGGUUUUACACAAUCAUCAACAUUUCUGGAUCCAUAUGAUUUAACUUUGUAUAAUUUUCAAGUAUCUUAUUCAGCUAAUGUAAAUCAAGUUGGCCAAAAUUUAUUUUGUUUUGCAGGCGUUGAUUCAAUUGGUAAUCAAGGUGAUUCUACAUGUCUUCGUUUUACAGUACAAAUAGGUUCAGAUAGUCGUAAUACUCUUUAUAUAAACAAUGCAACUCAUUAUCCAACUGGUCUUGUAUCAAAAUAUCAAUCCAACUGGACAUUACUAUAUCCAACUGGGAUAUCGUUUACUCGACCAAGUACCGAUGCUUUUAUUCGUUUUAAAAUGGCAUCGACAAAUGAAGAUUUCACAACUUAUAGUGUAGUAAAACAAUUAGAUAAUGUUAAUUAUCUUUCGGAUCGCUUGGAAAUAAUAUCAAAUGUUGUUUUUCAAGCAGGUGCACAAUUUUAUAUUUCAUUUGAUCCUGGUGUAUUUUUACCAAUAGCAACUUGUCUACGAGAUUCAAUGGGAAUAACAGAUACUAGUUUUUGGACAUUUCAAACAUCAUCUGAACCAAGUACAACAUCAACAACAAGUACUACAUCAGUAACAACAACAAUAACUUUACACAAUCGAACAGUGCCAACAAUAAGAACACUUGCUACAACUCUUCCUCCAACAUCGACUACAAAGCAAACAACUUCUAUAUCUACUACUACAGCUGGUAUAACUACAACAAUAAAAACUAUUUCUUCGGAUUCUUCAUUUCCUAUUAGUACCGCUGUGAGUAUUACUAUCGGUUCAUUGAUAUUAAUAACCGUAAUUACUCUCUCAACUGUUCAUUUACUACGACGUAAUCGAAUGAGUUCGUUAUCAAAAUUACAGAACAACAUCAGUAAAACUAAUUCAUCACCUGAAACCGUUCAACAAUAUCGAUUAACAACACGUACUGCUGCUCAACUAACGAGCCAAGUAGAAAAUAUUGAUACAACCGACAUCGUAAAAUUAUCAACGCAAACUCAUCAAAAUUUAAUAGAUCUCAAUCAUAAAAUAUAA